AUGCAUCCGAACAAGAAAAGAUUCGAAUCAGGCAAACGCCACUUGCCACUAACCGAGCAAAGUUGUGAAUCAUACAUGCAUAAGUGGCUCCAUCAAGUGCACUUCUCAUUGAAAAUAUUGUUUGCCGACAUCCUCAACUUCCAUAGGUGCAACACGCAAUAUAGACGCCACAAGCGCACAAGGUCAUCAACAUUAAAAAUGUGGCAAUUCGGGAACAUAGCACAAUAUUGGAAACAACGACUAUCAAACACAAUCCUACCUUGUGGCGUUUCCCACGUAUCGUCGCGUAACACGAACUCUCAUUCUAAUUGGCACAGUGCCAAGAGAUGUGGCCGCAAGAGGCAAGCCUCCACACUUGCUUUCAAUAACACUCCUCAUUUCAUCUGGGAUAUUAAAACUAAUUCGGGACAGCUAUUUGGAGUUGAUGCUUCGGGAUCGAGAUUGAACUCCAAACCACGUCUUGAGAUUUUUGAGUUGCAAUGGUCAAUACCACAAGUGGUCGGCGAUGACCUCAACCAAGAACCAGAGCGGCAAGAUGAUGCCUUGAUUGGAUCAUUUACAAAGGUCGAGCUCGUGGGAUUGCAGCAUUGCACUAACCUGCCAUCCCAAGGAGAGUUUCGGGUGCUCCAAAAAAUGCUAACUGAAAUUGGCGAAACAUUAUACGGUACAAGCCAAGAAGUCAAGUUCUCGUCCUUGACAUCAUGUGAGCUUCGUAAAUUGCCCCAACUGGCAUGA